GUACAUGCACAGUGACCAGACCACCGAUGUCCGAACCGAAAUAGUCCACAUGUAAUAGUUGAUUACUGUUCGUGGUUGAAGGUAGGAAUAGCACGUCUGGUCAUUCAUUUCGAUCAACGAAAAUUUUAGUAUGCACCUUAGUCCACCCAAGACUCUUUAACUCAAUUAAUUAUCUUCUUCUCCUCUUGUUCUUCUUCAUACUACUUCUGGUCAUUCAUUCUCUGUUACAAAACUUCAUAGCAAACCUGAUCAUCAUAGAAUUCCGACAUGGAUUCCGCCACCAUAAGACAACCAAACGGCGUCUGCCACAUAGUGGCCAUGCCCCAUCCCGGCCGGGGUCACAUAAACCCUAUGAUGAACCUCUGCAACUUGCUAGUUUCCCAAAAGAGUGAUAUUCUAAUAACCUUCGUCCUCACAGAAGAGUGGCUCGGCUUAAUUGGGUCUCAAGCCAAGCCAGACAACAUUCGCUUUGCCACAAUCCCUAAUGUGGUCCCAUCGGAGAAGGAACGUGCCGCCGAUAUGGUUGCGUUCUUUGAAGCCGUCAUGACCAAAAUGGAAGUUCCGUUUGAGCAACUCCUGGAGGUUCUCGAGCCACCACCUAGUGCCAUUGUGGCUGACACUUUCCUGCCUUGGGCAGUCGCCGUCGGCAACCGGAGGAACAUUUCUUCGGCAUCGUUUUGGCCAAUGACAGGGUCCCAUUUCUCCGUGUUCCAGCAUUUUCAUCUCUUCCAGCAAAAUGGACACUUCCCAAUUGAUUUGUUAGGGUAUCAAAGUACUAUUCACUUUUACCAAUGCUUGGUGGUUCAAGUGGUAAGGAGCCUGUUCCCCUUAAGCAAGGUCUCGAGUUCGAACCUUGUGAAUGGAGCAGCCAGCAUUGAGAGAGCUUUCCCCCUAAAUAGGGUCCGACCCGGCUCGAGAUGGAUUAGUCCUUGCCUACGGCAUAAUUAUUGUUUGACAGAGAAGGGCAAUGAACGUGUUGAUUACAUCCCAGGAGUUUCUUCCAUACGGUUAGCGGACACUACUAAUUUCAUUGAUGGAAGCCAAUCAAAAAUUCUGGACAAUAUACUCAAGGCUUUUUCUUGGGUGCCCAAAGCACAAUAUCUCUUUGUCACCUCUAUCUAUGAGCUUGAAACCCAAGUGAUUGAUGCUAUAAGAUCAGAACUCUCACAACCAGUUUACACAAUAGGCCCAUUACUACCUUCCUUCAAAGCUAUCAGUCCCACUGGUACUAACCAUCUACAAUGGUUGGAUUCUCAACCUUGUAGCUCUGUUUUAUAUAUCUCUAUGGGAAGCUUUCUUUCAGUUUCAAGUGCCCAAAUGGAUGAGAUCGCAGUUGGUUUGCGAAAGAGUGGUGUUCGAUUCUUUUGGGUUGCUCGCACUGAAACGAAUAGGUUACAAGAGGUUUGUGGUGAUAUGGGGUUAGUUGUUCCCUGGUGUGACCAGUUUAGAGUGUUGUGCCAUUCUUCUGUUGGUGGGUAUUGGUCACAUUGUGGAUGGAACUCAGUUAGAGAAUGUGUUUUUGGAGGUGUUCCUUUUCUUACCUUUCCCAUAACUUUCGAUCAAGGCACAAAUAGUAAGGUGGUUGUGGAGGAUUGGAAAAUUGGGUGGAGGGUGAAGAGUACUGAGGUGAAAAUCGACCAUUUGGUGACAAGUGAGGAAAUUGCAGUGUUAGUGAAAAAAUUUAUGGAUUUGGAGGAUGAUGAAGGGAAAGAAUUGAGAAGGAGAACAAGUCAACUCCAACAGAUAUGGAAAGGUGCCAUUGCAGAAGGCGGUUCAACUAAAACUGACAUCAAUGCGUUCAUUAGAGACAUUUCACAGAGCCUUGAGGGUUAAGCAGAACUGAAUCUUCUUGUUGGACCGAUGUUUCACUAAGAUUGUCUAGACCAUGGAUUUCCUUCACUGGAUACUCGUCAUAAUGUAUGAGUAUGACUAAAGAGAACAUGAUUAGUUGCAUUUGAUUUUGUUUAGUUAAAAAUGUGUAGUGACAUGUUUACCCCAUCCAGUUUAAUUAUGGAUGUGUUUUACUGUUUUAUAUUAUUUUUUAUCACAUAGAUGUUCAGUGUUAUGUUAAAGUCGACAGGGCUCUCCCUCUCUCAAUUUUUUC